AAGUGAAUUUGUCUCAUUCUUUUAUUUUUAUGACUCAAGAUUUUUUUUUUUCUUUUAUACAAGGGGCAGUGCUUAGCACUGAAUUAGCCAUGUCUCAAGAUGUAUUUGCAUGAAAAGAAAUGAAAUGCAAGGGGCCAAGCGGAAAGAUAUCAAUUAUCAAACCGAGAGCAAAAUUGGACCAAUGCAAGAUCCCAUUAGUUUUAAAUGAAACCCAAAUCCAUGUCAUUAAACCCAAAGCACAAAAUUCGCCCGUUUUCCGUACAUGGUCCGACCCGGUUCAUCCAAUUCGUUUCGGCUUCCCCUAUCUGUUCACGCUGUCAGAAACCCAAGGGAUCGAUUCUUCUGCACUUCUGCAGCCGUGCAACCUCUUAUUCCCUGCAACCCGAUUUUUCCUUCCGGGAGCUAUUCUCACUGCCGCCAUCUGCCUUCUUUCUCUUCGAGGAGUUCGAGCAGCAGGAAAUGGAGGAUAUCAGGGGCUUUCUCUGGCGAAGUCUCAGAUACCGGCAACAGAGUUGCAAUCAACGGAAAGGAAAUUGCAAUCUCAAGAAGUCUAGCUGCCGAUUGUGAAGAUAAAGACAUUGAGCUUUGCUUUGGAGUGAACUUGUAGAGUUUGAGGUUUUCUCGGGCAUUUGUGGCCGUGACAGAGCAGACAGCUAUGGCAAAACUUAGUCUGGGGAUCCUUAUAGAUAUUUUUGAUGAGGAAUGGAUGAGGGACACUCUACCCAAUGAUGAUCAAUAGAAUCAACAAUUGGAUGAAGACACCUGGCAAAAUCAUGCAUUAGGUACUCAGUAAGGCUUCACAUUAGCAGUACUCGGGGCCUUGGUAAUUGGUAUUUAGAGUUGCAAAAUUUAUAAAUUAAAACCAAAAACCAAAAAUCACAAACAUACAAAACUAAGUCUAAGCAUUUAAGUAGUGUCGAUUAUAAUUAAAGAAAAAACCAUAAAAAUUGGAUUAGAGGCAAACCUUGGCAAGCGUAAUCACUCUAAGUGGAGGUAAACGCCUAGUUCCACCAAAGGGAAUUUAUUUAAGCCUAUGUUGUAAUGCAGUAUUUCAAGCAUGGGAAACAAUUCUUUUUAGUAAGCAUACAAGGCUAAUAUUUAAUAAG